UUUUGAUUCCUUGAAUUUCUAGGGCUUGAGGAGAGGAAGGAUGCCGCAGCGCCACUCCAAGAACAACAACGAUCUCGCAUUCUUCACAUACGAUGAGCGGCGCAAGCUUGGCUAUGGCACGCAGAAGGAGCGGCUGGGCAAGGAUUCGAUCAAGCCAUUCGAUGCCUGCUGCAUUUGCCUUAAGCGCCUCACCGAUCCGCAGUGCUGCCAAAAGGGCCAUCUCUUCUGCAAGGAGUGCAUUCUCGAGUCCCUGCUAGCUCAGAAGAAGGACAUCAAGAGGAAGAUCGCGUUGUUCGCGACGCAGCAGAAGAAGGAUCAAGAGGACGAGCUGGAGCGGCGAAAUCUCGAGAAGGAGCGCGCGCUCGAGGCAUUCGAUCGCCAGAACAACAGCGCGGUGCCUCACCACGACAAGAACCACGACUUUGGCGACGCAAAGGCUGGAUUCCAGGGAGCCAACAGCGUCAAAGUCACGUCUUACGAAGAGGAGGCGCUGAAAAGCAUGAAAGCUUUCUGGCUUCCAUCGGCGACUCCAGAGGCCGCCGAGAGAAUCGACGCUCCAUCGACUGAUACGAUCUGUCCGGAAGGGAAGGAGAAGCUCAAGCUCAAGCAGCUCUUCACGAUUUCUUUCAGCGAGAUCGUCGACCCUGAAGGGAAGGACACGGAAGAGAACCGGUAUAUGUGUCCUUCGUGUUCCACCACGCUGACGAACAGGACGACGCUGGUGGUGAUCAAUAGCUGCGGUCACGUCCUGUGUAAGAAGUGUGCCGAGCAGUUCAUCAUCCCGGAGAAGGCUUGCUCGGUGUGUAACCGGCCGUGCAAGGCCAAGAACAUGGUGACGCUGGAGAAAGGUGGCACUGGUUUCGCUGGUCACGAUGAAAAUCUGGAAGCCAAGACGUUCAAGCAUGUUGGUAGUGGCACCGGCAUGGGGCUCUCGAGACCAGCUCGCGUCUAGCUGAAGUUUCGAAGUUAAAAACAAGAACAAUCGGGAAGAACAAGUGUACCUUCUGACGAGACAAGCAAAACUAUCGCGUUGAUGUGAUCUAUCGCAGCACGGGAUCAAUCAAAGGAUAGAAAGAAGGAGAAAAAUGUACCAUUUGAUUAUGAACACGAUCAGUGACUUCUCCGGA